AUGGGGACCUCGAGUACUUCUUCCCCUUCCUCUGGGUUGCAUAAACGACCACCCACACCAAAGUCGUCCUCCCCGCCCACGAGCUCGUCGCGGCCACCCGUCCCGGAAAAUACCAAGGUUAAGGAUAAAGAGUCUCAUCCGCCCCGUCGUUCUUCCCUUGGCUUCCUUCGCCGUUCAAGAUCUGGUGAUCCGGUUCGCAAGACAUCACCUUCACCCAUUGUUGCUCCUUCUGCCCCAAAGUUGCCCGAGUACCCUCCGGCUCCUUCUAGAAACGGGUUCGUCAGGGAUAUCAGGGACUCUGUUUCUAUAUUCAGCGGGCAAACCAUGUCGAGCUUUGCUGAAUCUCCCCCUCCGGAGGGCGCUCGGACCGCCUCAAACGGUCCGGGUGGUUAUAUUCCUGGGAGAAAGUCUACUGAUAGUGUGGUUGGUGUUACCGGUGGCACUCGUUAUCUCAAAUCUAGCUCAGUGCCGUUCACGGAUGACCCUUAUGCAAAGGAGGGUAGUAUGGCGCAUAGAGGAAGAUACAGCUACGCUAGCAGCGCCGUGAGCACUGUAAACUCCCCUAGAAGAGUUAGAAGACGCAGAGAUCCUACCCCUUUCAAGUGAGUUUCGCGAUCUUGAUCCUUAUCAGUGUUGCACGUGAGUCCGUGAUUGGACAAUUUGUUACUUCCAUUCUAUCUCAUGGUGCAACCACAUGAGACAGAAGCACUAACAGUGUGGUAGUAUUCUUGUUAUUGGUGCUAAAAACUCUGGAAAAUCGUCCUUUCUUCGCUUCCUCCGCCAAUCGCUUGCCUUGAAGCCUAAACGCGGACAUGUUGUGCCUGCUGAAGAGUUGCCAGAAGCGCCAGAAGAAGAAGACACCACUUCCAAUUCAGCUACAUCCACCUCUUCUUCUCGUAAUGCGUUUAAAUCUUCGUAUCUCGAGACCGAGGUUGAUGGUGAACGCAUAGGAUUGACUUUGUGGGAUAGUGAAGGUCUUGAAAAAGGGGUCGUUGAUUUGCAACUUCGCGAGACUGUUGCCUUCUUGGAAUCAAAGUUCGAAGACACCUUCAAUGAAGAGACCAAGGUCGUCCGAGCCCCUGGUGCUAAGGAUACUCACGUUCACUGCGUGUUUUUGUUGCUCGAUCCUGCAAGACUUACACCUGGAAACCAUUACUAUAACAAAAAGGGGGAUGGUGACAAGCCUGACCUGGCCGGACUGGACGACGAUCUUGAUAUCGCGGUCCUCAAGGCACUGCACGGAAAGACCACCGUUGUCCCUGUCAUCAGCAAGGCGGACAAUUGCACUUCUCGCCACAUGGAGGAGUUAAAGAGACUCGUGCGACAGGGGCUCGAGCGCGCUGGGAUUGAUCCGUUGGAAGCACUCGAGCUGGAGCUUGCCGAAUGGGAAGAGGAGGAGAUUCAGCAGACUAGGGCCAAGCGGGGACCCCUCGUAGAAGCUGACGAGGCAUCUUCAUCUUCCGACGAAGAUGCCCCCCAGUCUUCGAAUCAAUCGGUUACGUCUUCCAUCUCAACUGGCCGAAAGGCUAAGGGUCUUAACAGCUUCCUUCCGUUGUCCAUCAUCUCACCGGAUGGAUAUGAGCCCGGCGAGAGAGUAGGUAGACAUUUCCCUUGGGGAUUCGCAGACCCGUACAAUGAGGCGCAUUGCGAUUUCGUCAAGUUGAAGGAGGCAGUGUUUGGCGACUGGAGGGCAGAUCUCAGGGAGAAGAGCCGUGACGUUUGGUAUGAAAACUGGAGAAGUGACAGGCUGGGAGCCCGCAGAGGCCGGUAGUUUUUCUUCUUUGUUUAUGUCUUCUUUUCUUUUCUUUUCUUUUCUUAUCCGUAUCAAUUUCCUCGUACAAAGAAAACCGUUCAAACCUUCAGAGCUAUGAGGAGGAUAUUGGGUCAGUCAGAUGGAAGGAUGGAAAUUUGCGCUUGAAGCGUCUUUUACAAAAUAUUCCUUUUGUAUCGAGCGCUUGAGGUGUUCUUCCUCUGUCUGGUAUUGGGGAUUAAAAAAAGAUGGGGGAAAGGUCUGUUCUUUACAUUCUUUUUUAGCUUCUUCUGUCCUUUUUCUCUUUCUUGGUUCACUGUUGAUUCUGGUGACCUUUGUUCCAACAAUCAUUGGCUUGUAGCCUAUUUUCCUCCCUAUCAUACGGAUAACAUUAAAAAAAUUAUCCUUUUUUUUAUUUAUAUUUUUAUAUUUUUUUAUAGCUUCUUUUAUCCUUCACCACUUUUUCUUUUUACUUUAUUUAUUUUUAUUUUUAUUUUCUAAACCGUGUGUGUCAAACAGAUUAGGGGGCCUUCCGACGGCCUCCUUUCCUGUAAUGUAGCUUUACCGGGAUGUGGGGAAAUCUUUUUUUAAGUUUUAAAGUUAAUCUAUCAUAUCC